AUGUUGCAGAGUGAUCCACCAUCUGCGGAAGUCUUACACAGUUCAAUUGAUUACGUGACUGAAGACUUUACUAUUGUGUGGCUCGAUUCAAAUAUUCAUGAAAAAACUAACUCUAUUGUUACACUUCAACGUGCAUUCAAACAUGUUAAAACAUUCUAUGAACUUACUUCAUGUUUGAAUUUUCUACAAGAUGCCGACAAUCAGAAAGUGUUUCUUAUCUUGUCACAUGGUUUCGCCGAUAUUUUUGUACCAUUAGUCCAUGACAUACUGAAGGUAUUCUCUAUUUAUAUUUUAUCAGACAACAAAGUGGAGUCCGAACAAUUAUUGCAAGAAUGGAAAAAAGUUAAAGGUAUUUUUGACAAUAUGGCAUUUAUUUGUGCACAAGUGAUGAGAAACAUCAAGCAGUGUGAAAAAAAGUUCACAUCCAUGAGCAUAAUCUCACCGGCUUCUAUUCUUGAUUUGAAUGGAUUAGAUCCUUCAUUUAUGUAUACAAAACUACUCAAAGAAAUUUUUCUCGAAAUGGGAUACGAUGAAAAAGCUAAGAUAGAAUUCAUAAAAUUCUACCAUGCUCAAAAUGGUGCAGUGCAAUCGUCUGCACUAGCAGACUUCACAAGAGAUUUUGAAGAUCACUCGCCCAUUUGGUGGUACACGAAAGAACCAUUGAUUUAUGUGACGCUUAAUAGAGCAUUAAGAACGCAGAAUGUUGAAAUUUUACUCAAAAUGGGCUUUUUCAUAGAAAAACUUCAUAAAGAAAUCCAACAAAUACACUCAAAAACAAUACCAACAAAACACAAGAUAAUUUACCGAGGCCAAGCUAUUUCAAUUUCUGAUCUUGAGAAAUUAAAGAAGAGUGAAGGUGGUCUUCUUUCAUUUAACAAUUUUCUCUCGACAAGCACAAGCUAUCAAGUAUCUUCUCUUUUUGCUGAUAGCGUUCGAAGCGAUCUGGAUGGAAUAGGAAUCAUAUUUGAAAUCGAAAUUAUACCAAAUAACAUAUCGAUACCUUUUGCUUCAUUGGAUAAUAUUAGUAUUCAUUCGGAUCAUGAAAAUGAAAUUCUCUUCUCAAUGCAUACUGUAUUUCGGAUUGGCGAGCUAGAACUCAUUGAAGAUCGACUAUGGUUUGUUAAAUUAACAUCUACGAAUGACGAUGAUGAACAACUCCAGCGUCUCACCGAGUACAUACGUACAGAGACAAAAGAACUAACAGCGAAACACCGGUUAGGUGUAAUGAUGAUCAAAAUGGGAGAAUUCGAUAAAGCUCAACUGUUAUUUCAAACUUUACUUGAAACAGUAUCAAACGAUGAUUGGGCAGAUCAAGCUCAUUUACAUCAACAACUAGGGUCGGUUCUUCAAUUUAAAGGUGAUGGAUUGCAGGCGUUGUCAAAUUAUUAUAAAACUCUCCAACUUAUUCAAAUUAAUAAUCUAUCGGAUUAUCCUUUAGUAGCAACAACCUACAAUCAUAUUGGUGAGACACACGAGUGCAUGAGGAACUACUCAGAUGCCUUGUCGCAUUUUGAGAAGGCACUAGCGUUGCAACAAAAAACUUCUGAAUUCAAACAAUCCGAUCUUGCCAUAACUUAUAAUAAUAUUGGCGCUGCGUUUCAAUCAAAGGGAGAAAAUAAUAGUGCCUUGUUAAAUUAUGAGAAGUCGCUUGAUAUCUUGGAAAAAUAUCUUCCAUCCACGCAUCCAGAUAUUGCAACUGCCUUAAAUAAUAUUGGAACGUUAUAUUACCGAAUGGGAGAUCUUGAAAGUGCACAAAGAUACCAUUUAAAGGCGUUAAAAAUCCAAGAAAGAGUUCUUACACCAACACAUAUUCAUCUGGCAGCAACUUAUAAUAAUCUGGGAUUAGUGCAUGAUUUAAUGGGAGACCAUAGCAGCGCUUUGUCAUUCUAUGAAAAGGCGCUAAGAAUCCGCCAGGCUGUUUUGCCCUGCAAUCAUCUAUCGAUAGCUGAGACCUAUGACACUAUUGGAAGCGUACACCGAUUCAUGGGUGACUAUCCUACUGCAAUAUCAUAUCAUGAAAAAGCACUUGAAAUUAAAAAAGCUAUUCUUCCAUCGAACCAUUUAGAUUUAUGCACAACCUAUAAUAGUAUUGGUUUUGCAUGUAAAUUGAGUGGCGAUUAUACGACUGGGCUCUCCUACUACGAAAAAGUACUUGCAAUCAAACAAAAAAAUAUUUCACAGAAUAGUUUUCUAUUAGCGAUUACCUAUAACAAUAUUGCUUCCAUCAAGCAAUUAGUCGGUGACUAUUCAAUUUCAUUGAUAUACUAUGAAAAAGCUCUUGAGAUCCAACAAAAAAUUCUUCCAUCAAAUCAUUUAGAUCUAGCCACAACCUACAUUAAUAUUGGCUCAAUUCAUUAUGCUUUAGGAUAUUUCACUAAAGCAUUUUCAUACUACAAACAAGCACUUAACAUCAGACAAAAUAUGCUUCCAUCUAUUCAUUCUGACCAAGCUACAGCUUUUAAAUGUAUUGGAGAUGUGUAUGAAAUUAUGGGAGAACAUUCAGAUGCGCUGUUAUACUAUCAAAAAUCUCUUGAUAUUAUACAGAAAAACCUUCCAUUUUCGCAUCCAACUUUCGCAACUAUAUGCAAUCAUAUGGCUAUUGUGUACCAAUCGAUUGGAGAAUAUUCAACUGCACUUUCCUACUGUUCAAAAGCCCUUGAAAUUCAAGAAAAAAUGUUCCCCUCGUUUCAUUUUGAACUAGCUACUACUUACAAUAAUUUUGGUGCGUUGCAACAGCUACUAGGAAACUAUCCUAAUGCACUAUUAUAUCACGAGAAAGCACUUGAAAUCCAGAAAAAAUCGUACUUACCCCAUCAUUCGGAUAUUGCCACUAGCUACAACAAUAUUGGUUAUAUUCAUUGUGUGUUGGGUGACCACGCGCUGGCGUUGUCGUACUUUAACAAAGCAACCAAAAUCCAAUCAGAGGUACUUUGUUCUACGCAUCCCAAUAUAGUUCGUACGCUAACUAAUCUUGGUAUGCUGUAUAAGUCCAUGGAAAGUUAUUCUACUUCACUGUCUUUCUACGAGAAAGCACUUGAGAUCCAACUUAAAAACUAUUCACCUACUCAUCUAGAUCUCGCUGUUAUCUACAUAGGCAUUGGAUCUGUGCAUAAUUCCAUGAAAAAUCUUUCAGAUGCACUGUCAUUUUAUAGAAAGGCUUUAGAAAUUCAAGAACACAGAUGUUUUCUGACUCAUCCAGAUUUAGCUAUGACGUACAAUAAUAUUGGUAAUACGCAUAGUUCUCUCCGAGAAUAUACGACUGCACUUUCGUAUUAUCGAAAAUCACUUGAUAUUCUAGAGAAAAGUCUACCUGCUACACAUCCUGAUCUGAUAGAAACAUAUAAUAGAGUAGGAUCAGUGUAUAAUUCAAUGGAAGAAUAUUCUAUUUCGUUAACAUAUUAUGAGAAAGCGCUUGAAAUACAAGAAAAAACUCUGCCAGCUAAUCAUCUUGAUCUAUCGAAGACGUAUAAUAAUAUGGCUUCGAUUUAUCAUUCAAUGAAAGAGAAUCAAAUCGCACAGUCUUACUAUGAAAAAGCCGUUGCAAUAAUCGAAAAUGCUGUACCACCAAAUUAUUCUUUAUUGGUUACAAUUUAUAACAAUAUUGGUGAACUGCAGCGUAUGGAUGGAAAUUAUUCCGCUGCAAUAUCAUUUUUUCAGAAAAUAUGCACAAUCCUACAACAAGAAAAUGAUUCAGCUUUUCAUAUAGAAAAGGUUCAAAUCUUUCAUAACAUUGCUUCAGUAUACGAAUGCAUGGGAGAAGAUUACAAUGCAUUAUCGUACCAUGAGAAGAUAGUUGAAAUUCAUGAAAGAACAUGUCCAACCAACUAUUCUGAACUAGCAACAUCGUUCAAUAAUAUUGCCAGAUUAUACCGAUCAAAGGGUGAUCAUUCUACUGCUCUGAAGUAUUAUCAAAAGUCGCUUGAAACCCAAGAAAAGUUCGUUUCAUCUGGUGAUUUCUCAUUAGCCACAGUCUACAAUAAUAUUGGCGACAUGCAUCAUUCACUUGGAAACUACUCAUCAGCACUUUCAAACUACGAGAAAGUACUCGAAAUCGAAUCAAACACUAUUUCAUCCGCUGAUCCAGAUUUAGCUACUACUUAUAACAAUAUAGGAUCAGUUUAUGACUCAAUGGGAGACUAUUCUACUUCACUUUCAUAUUAUCAAACAGCACUUGAAAUUGAAGAAAAAGUUCUCUCACCCACUGAUCUAAAUCUGGCAAUAACAUAUAACAAUAUAGGUUCAGUCAAUAUUUCAAUGGGGGACUACGUGAUCGCAUUGUCAUACUUUAAAAAGACACUUAAGAUCCGCCAAGAAUCUCUUCCACCUACUCAUAUCGAUAUGGCUGGAAUAUUUAACAACAUGGGUUCCGUACAUAGAAUGAUGGAAGACUAUAUGAAUGCACUAUCAUAUUAUGAAAAGGCAAUUGACAUUCAAUUGAAAGCUUUACCAUUGAACCAUCCUGAUCUGGCAACGACUUUCAAUAACAUCGGCGCAGUGUAUAAUGAAAUCGAAAACUAUCCAUCGGCACUUUCAAAUUUCGAGAGAGCACUGGAAAUUGAACUGAAAACGCUUCCCGCUAUGCAUCCCGAUCUAGCUAUCACGUACAAUAAUGUUGGUGCUGUUUAUGAUGCAAUAGGUGAUCAAAAUACUGCCCUAUUGUACUAUAAGAAAGCACUUGACAUUCAGGAACAAAGUCUUCCUUCUGAUCAUCCUGAUUUGUCAGCAACAUAUAACAAUAUUGCCAUAGCGUAUGAUUCCUUAGGAGAGUAUCCGAACGCACUCUCUUAUUACCAGAAAACGCUUCGAAUAGCAGAAAAAGCACUUUUUCCUGGUCACGUUUCAUUGACUGUAACCUACAACAACAUCGGCUCAGUACACCGCAAUAUGGGAGACAACAUGAGCGCACUUUUAUAUUACCAAAAAACGCUCGAAGUUGAAGAACGAACACUCUCAUCGACUGACCCUGAUCUUAUGACAACAUAUGAUAUUAUCGCUAAUAUAUAUAUAUUUAUCGGAGAAUAUUUCUCUGCACUUCCAUAUUAUGAGAAGAAGCUCAAAAUUCAAGAAAAAAUACUUUCAACAACUGAUGUUCAACUAGCCAUGAGUUAUAACAUGAUUGGCUUACUACAUCAAUGGUUGGGGGAUCAUAGAAGGGCGCUCUCCUUUUUCGAAAAGACACUCGGAAUCCAAGAGAAAACGCUCUCGGGCGCUCAUACAUCACAAGCAGUAAGUCAUUUCAAUAUAGCAUCGGCAUUAGAAAGCGUCCCCCAGCUCAGCGAAUCGGUUGAGCAUACAAUACGAGCAAUCAAUAUUUUACGUUAUUGUUUAGGAUCUGAUCAUCCUCAUGUAAAAUUAUGUGAAAAAUAUCUUAAUCAUCGUAAUAAAAAGAUGCAAUGCUAA